UGUGAUCAGAAUAAUCUAAGCAGAACUUUGCUCACUGGUUGCUCAUUUACAGCAUAUACAGACACACCGAGACUCUCGCCCUCAGAAUGAGUGGUGAUUAUCUCAAGACAGGAGCAGUACUUCCAUGAAAACAGAUCUCACACACCUGCAAAGGAAACCCUGAAUCUAAAAAGAUGGAGACUCUGAAGCAUUGGAUGAGAGACUGGAAGUAUCCCACUUCUCUGUUAUGCAUCUAUGGGUUCUUCAGCACAGUGAAGCCUUUAGAACCAUUUCUCAUCCCGUUCCUAACUGGACCAGACAAGAACCUAACCAUUGAGCAGGUAACCAAUCAGAUAUUCCCGGUGUGGACGUACUCGUACCUGGCAGUGCUGGUUCCUGUCUUCCUCCUCACUGAUUGGGUACGUUAUAAACCUGUGGUGGUCUUCCAGUGUUUAGUCCUGUUCUCCACCACGGCGAUGUUGCUGUGGUGUAAUGGUGUCCCAGAGAUGCAGGCCAUGCAGUUUACAUAUGGAGUGGUGACGUCGUGCGACGUUGCUUACUUCACGUACCUCUACAGCGUGGUGGAGAUGAAGCAUUACCUGAAAGCCACCUCGUACUGCCGGACCGCCCAGCUGCUGGGCUACACCGUUGGUUCAGUGUUGGGCCAAAUCCUAGUCUCUUUUGAACUGAUGUCCUAUAACUACAUUCUAGUGUUUACACUGGUUCUCACUGGUGUUGCUUUGAUCAGCUCCAUUCUUCUCCCAAUGCCCAAGACAAGUAUGUUCUUCCACCAAAUGAGGAGUGCUAGAGGAGAGACUGACGGUGAAGGGCAUGUUGGGACAGAGGAGGAUCUUCAGAGCAGUGGCCAAAAAGAUGGCGUAGAGUUGGCUGGAGCCAAACGGCAGCAGCAAAUACUAGAGGUUUCUGCUGAAUGCGAUAAUACAAGUGCAAAAAGUUCCAAGACAGGUGGCUGCUGUGAUGUUUUGCUCCGGUUGUGGAGGGAUUUCCUGCAGUGUUUCUCCUCACGUACGCUGCUUAUCUGGUCAGCAUGGUGGGCACUGGCUACCUGUGGCUACAACCAGACGGUGAACUACGUCCAGUCGCUGUGGGAGCACGUGGAGCCGUCAAGUAACUUCACGGUCUACAAUGGAGGAGUGGAGGCCCUCUCAAACCUGUUUGGGGCCGCAGCGGCGUAUGGUAUUGGUUUUUCAUCUGCAGACUGGUCUCGCUGGGGAGAGGUGGCUCUGAGUGCGCUCUCGGCCCUGGAGGGCGGCGCUCUCUUCGCAAUGGUCUUCAGUGCCAACAUCUGGGUCUGCUACUGCGGCUACAUCAUCUUUAAGAGCCUGUACAUGCUGCUCAUCACCAUUGCCAUGUUCCAGAUAGCAGCUGGGUUGAACAUGGAGUGUUACGCCCUUGUGUUCGGAGCCAACAACUUCUGUGCGCUGGUCCUCCAGACAAUCAUCACCUCAGUGGUGGUGGAUAGCGGCGGGCUUGGGGUGGAUAUUGUCACGCAGUUUACAGUCUACGGGACAUAUUUUUCUAUUAUUGCACUCAUUUUCUUCUUGAGUGGUUUGUAUACCACGAUAUGCCGAAAACCUGAGAUGGAAACACAGAGAGAGAAUCCAGAAGAGACAUUUAAGGCAGAAGAUGAUGCACAAAUCAUCAUUGGAACAAAGUUCUGAGCACAAGCAACAGGAAGUACAGGAAGUUUAAGCCAUCACACUUGAUUUAGGUAAAAUUCAUUUUAAUAUAUAUUGUAUAUGUUUAUUUAUAUAUAUAUAUAUAUAUAUACACACACACAUUAACUUAAUUUCUGUAACAUAAGUGGUCUUGAGUCGGAGUCUCAUGAGUUCAAUGAGGAGUUGACAUCCAAAAAGAGUCUUGUAGUUUAAA